CUGCUGCAGUCGGCCGGGUCGCUCCGGGUCCCGGGAACCUGGCCGUCCGCGCCCGCUCUUGGGGAGGAGCCGCCGCCGGCUGGGCACCAUGAACAGCAGCAGCGCCCACAUCACCUACGCCAGUCGCAAGCGGCGGAAGCCGGUGCAGAAAACUGUCAAGCCAAUCCCGGCUGAAGGAAUCAAGUCAAAUCCUUCCAAGCGGCAUAGAGACCGACUUAAUACAGAGCUGGACCGUUUGGCGAGCCUGCUGCCUUUUCCACAAGAUGUUAUUAAUAAGCUGGACAAACUUUCAGUUCUCAGGCUCAGUGUCAGUUACCUAAGAGCCAAGAGCUUCUUUGAUGUAGCAUUACAGACCCCCGCAGCUGACCGAAGUGGGGUCCAGGAAAACUGUAGAACAAAAUUCAGGGAAGGCCUGCAUCUGCAAGAAGGAGAAUUCUUAUUACAGGCUUUGAAUGGCUUUGUGCUGGUUGUCACUACAGAUGCCCUGGUCUUUUAUGCUUCUUCUACUAUUCAAGAUUACCUAGGGUUCCAGCAGUCUGAUGUCAUACAUCAGAGUGUGUAUGAACUUAUUCACACUGAAGACCGACCUGAAUUUCAGCGUCAGCUGCACUGGACAUUAAACCCUCCGCAGUGUACAGACUCUGGACAAAGAAUUGAUGAAGCGAACGGCCUCCCGCAGCCAGCAGUCUGUUAUACCCCGGAGCAGCUUCCUCCAGAAAACUCUUCCUUAAUGGAGAGGAGCUUCGUGUGCCGACUGAGGUGUCUCCUGGAUAAUUCAUCAGGUUUUCUGGCAAUGAAUUUCCAGGGGAGGCUAAAGUAUCUUCACGGACAGAACAAGAAAGGGAAAGAUGGGUCAACCCUUCCGCCUCAGCUGGCUUUGUUUGCAAUAGCUUCUCCACUUCAGCCGCCCUCCAUCCUUGAAAUUCGAACCAAAAACUUCAUCUUUAGAACCAAACACAAACUGGACUUCACACCUACUGGCUGUGAUGCCAAAGGAAAACUUGUUUUAGGCUAUACCGAAGCAGAGCUGUGCAUGAGAGGAUCAGGAUAUCAGUUUAUUCAUGCGGGCGACAUGCUUUAUUGUGCAGAGUACCAUGUCCGGAUGAUCAAGACUGGAGAAAGUGGGAUGAUAGUAUUCAGACUUCUUACCAAAGACAAUCGAUGGGCUUGGGUUCAGUCUAAUGCGCGCUUAGUGUAUAAAAAUGGUAGACCAGAUUACAUCAUUGCAACUCAGAGACCUCUGACAGAUGAAGAAGGAAUAGAGCAUUUACAAAAACGAACUAUGAACUUGCCUUUUAUGUUUACUUCUGGAGAAGCUGUGUUAUACCAGAUAAACAAUGCUUUUCCUCCCAUAAUGGAUCCCUUACCCAUCAGGACGAAGAAUGGUGCUAGUGGAAGAGAGUCUGCCACCAAGUCAACUCUAAAUAAGGAUUCUUUCCAUCCCAGUUCCCUCCUCGGUGCCAUGAUGCAACAAGAUGAGUCUAUCUAUCUCUAUCCUGCUUCCAAUAAUGCAGCCUUUGAAAGAAAUCUUUUUAAUGAAUCUAUGAAUGAAUGCAGUAAUUGGCAAGACAGUAUUGCACCGGUGAGAAGUAACAGUAUCCUGAGACCUGAGCAAAUGGGUCAGUCUCAGGAAAUGAACCCCGCUGGAGGUCAGUCAGGGCUCUUGGCAGACAACAGAAAUAGUGACUUGUACAGCAUUAUGCAACACCUGGGCAUUGACUUUGAAGAUAUCAAAGACAUGCAACAGAAUGAGGAAUUUUUCCGAACUGACUUUUCUGGUGAGGAUGAUUUCAGAGAUAUUGACCUCACAGAUGAAAUCCUGACAUAUGUCCAAGAUUCUUUAAGCAAGCCUGCCUUCCAGUGUCCCGGGUACCAGCAGCAACAGCCCCCGGCUGUGAACUCCAGUUGUAUGGUCCAGGCGCGCCUGCAGCACCAGCAGAACCCGGGAGCAGCGGAGCAGCAGCAGCAGCUGUGUCACAAGAUGCAGCACAUGCAAGUUAAUGGCAUGCUUGCAAACUGGAGCUCUAACCAGCCUGUGCCUUUGAGUUGCCCGCCGCAAGAGCUACAGCAGUAUCCUGUCCUCUCGGAUGUCCCUGGGACCCGUCAAGAGUGUCCCUACCAAUCCGAGAUGGACGCCAUGCCUUACCCGCACGACUGUAUCCCCUGUAAUCAGUCCGCGCUCCCCCAGCAUUCCCAGGGGACCCAGUUAGACUUUCCCAUCGGGAAUUUAGAACCGUCCUCCUACCCUACCACUUCGAAUUUAGAAGAUUUCUUCACCUGUUUACAAGCGCCCGGAAACCAAACCCACGGACUUACUCCAGAGGCGCCCGUGGCCACCCCUCAGACUUGUUAUGCCGGCGCUGUGUCCAUGUACCAGUGCGAGCCGGGGCCUGCGCACGUCCACGUGCCGCAGAUGCAGUACAGCCCGGCGGGGCUGGAGCCGCAGGCCUUUUUCAACAAGUUUCAGAAUGGAGGUGUUUUAAAUGAAAGCUAUCCAGCUGAAUUACAUAAUAUGAACAACACUCAGAGUGCCACUCACCUUCAGCCCCUUCAUCACACACCAGAAGCCAGACCUUUCCCUGAUUUGACGUCCAGUGGAUUCCUGUAAUGCCAAGCCCUUUUCCACCUUGGGUUUUGGAUUCGUUUAUGGAAGACUACAGAGUAAUGGAACUGUCCGUGUUGGACAGCAGCACCUUGACAUGGAGGCAGUGAUGGCUGUUCACACUAGUGUUCCAAACCAAAUUUUAGUCUUUUUAAGAGUUAAAAAAAAAAAAAAAAAAAAAAGACCAAAACUACAUAUACUAUAGUCAUAAAGUGCACUGCCACAGACAGUGAGAUGCUAUCUUUAUUUCACUCUAUAUUCUGAGUACUAGAGAAUAUACAAAACUUCUUCGGGAGACCUUUAUGGCACUUUUAAAUAAAAACUUUUGUCAGAAAAAAAUGAAAUACUUUUGAGUUUUCUACUUCUAUAUUGUUAUUAGUACCCCAAAUGUCGAAUUAAACGAUUUCCUUUUAUUUUUAGCUUCUGCUUUUAUCUCAGAUGUUAAAAUAAGUGGUUUGGUGCUUUUAUAAAAAGAUAAUCUCAGUGCUUUCCUCUUCCUUUGUUAUGUAAGUGCCUCAUAAUUUUUUAUACCUAUAACACUGUAGGAUGUAUAUUUGAUAGCAAGUAUACUUUUUAAUAACAUUCUGCGCACAAAUAUUAUUUGUAUUUCUUAAAUUCAGUCAUUUUUAUCAACCCAGGCAUGUUUUAACUGCACUACUCACCCACUUUCUUCAGGAAAAGGGCAAGUUAUGAUUGAAAAAGUAUUUAUUCUGUGACCUAGUUGCUUCUAGAUCUUUGAUGUUGCUAUGUGCCUUAUGUUGAAAAGUUUUGAAAGUAAAUUGUCUUUCCCAAUUAUUUUUUGGUCAUAUAAAUAUUAAGACUGCCGCACUGAAAUUUCAACAGUGUUUUCAGAACAAAGAGAAAGACUGCAAUUUACUUAAGUCUCCACCGUGGCGGGUCCGUGUUGCAGGUGCGGGAAGAUCUGCUUGAAUGUGACCGCAUUUAUGAGGAGGAAGUAGCUUUACUUCUAGCUCUUUAGUCACCAUUUCAAUGUGUAUAAAUUCUUUAAAAAACUACUUUAGACCUAGAAUGAACUUUAAGGCAUAAUAUGUUGACUUUAUAAAUUUCACUUCUUAGUACAGUGGAAACUCUUUGUUUUUCUCAUAUUUGAGGAGCGUGAAGAUUGAACGUAGCAAUGUUUGAUGCAAAGUAUUGUUCUGAGUGACAUGAAUGGUGCAUUUAUAGUUUAUAAUGAACAAAAUUAUAUUUAAAAUAUUUUCAAGCUUUCAUUUGCAAAUAGUCUAUAUCUUAUAUAUGCACGUAAUUUGAGUCUUACCUAGAUUCUUGUGUCUUUUCAAAAAUAAUCAGAUCAUGAAUCCACCUGCUUUUACUUUGGUGUUAAGACAACCAUGCCAUUCUCUUUACUUCAAACAUUACGCUGUUUCUAGGAUACAGUGACCUUUGUUAUUGGUAAGGCAAAUGAUCACCUUGCUAACUUUUACUGUCCUCAGGUGAUUUUUAAAGACUCGUUUAUUUAAAUGUGACAUCUGAAGGGCAGCACAUUUUUCAUGUGUUACAUAAAAACCUGUUGGAAUCUUAAACCAAAGUGUAGUAAAAUACGCUAUUUUUCACUCCUUUUUUUAAAAUUAAGGUCUACCAAAGUGACUUCAGACAAAAUAUCUGUCAGUUCUAUCCAUUUUUAGUUAAAAUUUGAAUCCAUAGAAUCAAUUUAAGAAAAAAACCAAUUUGUCUAAAACAUCUCAUAAUUUGUUUCCAGCAUGAGGUAUCACUAAAGAUUUAGACCAGUGGUCUGGCUUAAUAUUCCAUUUUUACAUUUAAGCCUUUCAUUAAAAGUCAUCACAUAACCAUUGGGUCAGUUAUUUAGCAGAAAAAUAGGCUUCGUAAAUUAUGAAUAGAAAGACAGUUAUACACUUACAAAAUUUAAAAAAUUUAAAUCAAUAUUGUAUAUUUUUAUCUAUAUAAAAUAAACUAAGAAUAAUGAAAUCACAUUAAACUAAAUACACAUUUGUUUGUAUUGCUAAGUGCCAAACAAAGAAAGAAUGCUCUGUUUGCUGGUCUAAUGAGAGAUUAAUUUUUUAGAUAAGGUGCACUUCUGAGUAUGUGGAUAUGUCUAAUUUGAACUUUUCCUAAACUCAGUUGUUCUUCCAGAAUUGGGAGAUUUGCCGGUGUUCCAGUGUAUUAGGAAGUUUUAUUCAAUACUCUACACAGACUAGUGUUUUUCAGUAUUACUAAAUUUUUGGUAGAUGUUUUCAUGGCUGUUCUCUUUUCUUCAAAAUGUUACUGCUUACCUAGGCCAUACAUACAUUUUUGUCUAAAGUAUGAUUUAUAAUCUCCUUAUCAAAAUUGUAUACAAUAAUAUAUGGUAAUAAAAUAAUCAAGAAUAAAUAAUA